UCGCCAUUUUUGUUAAACUCUCACAACGGAGGGCCAGCAGCAGCAGAAGGCAGCGCUCAAAAAUUUGACGUCGUCGCGAACAGUUCCGCGGAGUGUGUGUCUUCUUCCCGUCUCCGAAAGUUUGCGACCGAAUUCGCCCCGGUACGGUACGGCGAUCCCCGGGUGACCAUCGUGUGGAACCUGUGUCCUGUGCCGCGGACAGUGUGCGUGCGGAAGUGUGAGCCCCGUUGGCCAUGUUUUGCUGUGGUCUCGGGAAUCGGUCACGAAAGAAUUUCAGAUUUUCGUCGUCGUCGUCGUCGCAGCAACCUCCUUUUUUCUUCCCUCUCGCUUGGUCUUCUUGUUCCGACGGGCUCUUGCCGUCUCCGUCGCUCCACUUUCGUCGACGACCAGCAGCAGCAGGAGGAGGAGGAGGAAGAGAUAAACGAGAAGAAGGAGGAAAAUAAGAAAAAGUAGAAAAGCAGGCUCUGGACGAAAACGCUGAGAAAAACCGACGAAAAAUAAUACACACUCAGAGGAGGGAUAAGCCCCCGUCGAAAAUCGUGUAAAAAUGGAUACUUUGCCCCGUGUUGAUGUGUCAAAUUGGGCGCUUUUCCGACGCCACAGUGAAAAAUCGCAUUUUCCACCGAAGGCGACGACGGCAGUUUAGGCGUCCGUCAGGAGAAAAAGCCACCAAAAGAGAAAGGGAGAGAGAUAGAGAGAGCAAAGAGUAGUCAAGUGCUAAAAGUUACGGAAAAUAAGUGAAAAAUAAAAUAAACUACAGAAUUACGAUGAGAAUGUCAACUGAAGCAGCAGUAGCAGUAGAAGUGAGAUAAGUUUGAAGUCAGUGUAGAAGUGAAGAAUCGCAACCCCCCAAACAAGUAUCGACAGUCUUCGCAGCAGCAGCGUAGGAGAUUGUAACCAUGGGAGACCGGGAUGUUCCGAGCGUCCCGAUCACCACCCUGGCCGGGUUGACCAGCCUGUCGGACAUGCUGAGCGAGCUCCCGAUUUCGGACUCCCUCUCGACGGUGUCCACGGCGCUGAACCGGUCGCUGCUGUUCCACCCGCGGGUCGCCGAGGAGGCCAACAAUCUGCUGGCGACGCGCGACGACAGCCUGAUUGGGCAGCUGGUGAACGCGAUCGAGCAGACCAACUCGGACCACAUCGAGCUGAAGGAUCAGUACAGCCAGCAGCAGGCCCAGCAACAGGCCAACCAAAGCAGGCAGCAACUGCUGCAGGAGGGUCCGCUGUUGCUGCAGGCGAUUCACGCCUGCCGGGCGGAUGUGUUCAACAGGCCGUCGUCGUCGUCGGCGACGGGUCAGCAGCAGCAGCAGCAGCAGAAAAUAAUAUCUACAUCACAAGCCCAAGUUUUUAAUUUUCCAACCGACCACUACUCCUCCAUCCAAACACACCACCUUCAGCAGCAGCAGCAGCAGCAGCCGGUGCAGCAGCAGAUUUACGUGCCCCAGCAGCACCAUCCGCAGACGCAAUUCGUUUUCAGUCAGUCCCCAAUUACCAUCCACCACGCACCGGCCUCCGCCAGCCAUCCGGCAACGGUCGUGGUCCAUCAACAGCAACCAACAGCCGUCCAAAUCGGUGCUGCUGCUGCAAAUUCUUAUCAGCCGCAAUCGACGCCGCAAAAAGUCAUCAUCCGGCAGCAAGUUAUUAACCUUCAAAAUAUCCCUUACUCCUCCCCAUCCGCCCCCGCAGAGAACAACCAGCUUAAGCAACAGCAACAACAGCAACAAAUCUUCCAGCAGCAGCAGCAACAACAACAACAUAAUCAAAAUGUCAUCGUUACACACCAAACGGUCAUCCAGAAUCAGCAGCAACAGCAGCCCCAGUUCCACAGUCAGCAACUUCCACCGCAGCAGCAGCAGCAACAGCAGUUGAGGCCUGCAACGCAGUCGGUUAUUCAGCAGCCGCAGGUGCAAGUGACGGCCACUUCCUCGAAUGUACUUCCGGUGCAUCAGCAGAACCACGUUCCCCAGCAGCAGCAGCAACAGGCAAUUUACCAACCGCACCAACAAAAUGUGAUAAACAAGAACAACCUACAACACAGUGCCUCAGCUGCUGCGCCACAGCAACAGCAGCAGCAGCAGCCACAUCUCGUCAACAACGUCGUUCAACAGACGCCGCCGGGAGUGUUGAAGCAGCAGCAACAACACCCCGUCGCCGCGCCAGUCGGAAUCGAGCAAUCUCAGCAGCUGAAGAACGGAAGUACCACCAACAACCUGCACAACCACCAGUAUCCAGCUGCGCAGCAGCAGCAACUCCCGAAUCACGUCGCGAAAGCUCCCGAAGCCGCCCCUCGUAACAGUGAAUAUCUGCAGCAGCAGCAGAGCAAGAACUUGGGGGCCCCAGGUCGGCCAUCGCCGGCCCAAGGUACGACCGCCCCGGAAACGGACCCCACCCAGACGGCCCUGCGAAAGCAGCAAGAACAGCAGCAAGCGGCGCAGGCCGCCGGAGCAAGCCCAGUUCAGCGGAUAUCGCAGCCAAUGCCGGCGCCCGCGAAUCAACCCAAAACCCAACCAGUAACGACGGCUGCGCCACCGCGGCCAAUCUCCGUCGCGGGAGCGCUCCAGCGAGCCGGAAUGAACGCCACGCAGAAAGCCGCGCCACAACCUGCCACAAGUCCCGUCGUGACGACGAUCGGAGUUGCCGGAGCGUUGAUGAAGGCGCCGACGGCGGCAACGACACCUCAGGCGCCUGCGACGCCGAAGCCAAAACCGUUGAAGAAGCCGGAGCGGGUUAAUUUGAAGAAGCUCUGUCGGAUGAUGAACCUGUCGGAUGUGGGCGGGGUUGCGCUGAAGAAGUGCUCCGUCCGGUUGGACAAGUUCUCCGAGGAGCACCUCAAGUUGAUGCAGGAAGAUCUGAAGAAGUUUACGCUGGCGGAACCGAAGCUGGCGAUGAAGCUGGGUCUAACCAAGAAGAGCAACGAAAUGAUCUUUAGCAAGAUGAAGGAGGACGAGAAGAGGUACGCGGGGCUGUUGGCGAAGCGAAAGGCCCAGGACGAUGCCGUCAAUCCGGAGGAUCUGUUCAGCAAACCGAAGUUGAGGAAGGUCGAACGAUUGGUGGCGCCGGUCGUGAAGAAGAUGUCCAAGGAGGAGUUGAUGAGCACGAGCAUGUACCAGCGAUUCAUGUCGAUCAUGGACAAGAUCUUCGAUCAGCUGGACGAGACGGAGGCGCCGAAUCUGGACGACGGUGACGAACAACUGGACUGCAUUCCGACGAGCAUGCUCACGAACAUUGGCUCGGAAGCGGCCAAACUGAAGGCGCGCAACGCCAUCGAUGCCAUCCCGGAGAACAAACUGACGAUGCUCAUUACGUACGCGAUGCGGUCGAUUCAUUCGGCGAAGAACCUGAGCGGGACAGAGCUAGGGGACGACCUGGUGGGGGACGAGUGCAUCGAAAAGAUCCUCAACGCCAUGGAAGCCUCGUUGCUCAUCUGCUCGAUCUACACCUGCAAAAGCACCAAAUUCCUCCAGGAGGACAACAUCGACUCGGUCAUCAAGUUCGUUCAAUUCCAGCUGCGCGAAACCGUCUUUCCCUCGUUCGACCCGGUCUACUCGGUCGAAACCAAGAAGAAAACCGACGGCAAAAAGUCCAAAAAGGCCCCAAGCUACCAGCAAAAGGGACUCACCGUCCUGUACACGAAAAUCGUCGAACUCGGCAAACUGCUCGUCACCAUGUUCGAAAAGUUCCACUUUGUGGACACGAUCGUGAUUCACGCGUCCGCCCUCGGCGUCGAGCCCUUCUUCGUGGACAACAUCGAAACGCUCCAAUUUGUCUGCCUCGACCUGGUGACGUCCAUCUUCCAGAACGAAAAGUACCAACACCACCGGCGAAACAUCGUGGCGGACAUCCUCUCCUCGAUCGAUCGACUUCCGCACUCGAAGCGCAACCUGCGGCCGUACAAGCUGGUCAACAACGGGGGAAACAUCCAGAUGAUGACGGCGCUGGUGCUGCAGCUGAUUCAGUGCGCCGUCGUCCUGCCGGAAUCGCUCGGCGAAAGCAACUCCAAGAAGGCGGCCAACAACGACGUGGCGAACAGCAACCCCAAGUCGGCGGACCUGUUCAUCAUCGGCAAGUACGACACGGCGCUCAGCAUCGGCGGCAACUUUCUGGCCACCUUUCUGGACAAGUGCAAGAGCCGGUCGAGUGAAACCGACUUCCGUCCACUGUUUGAGAACUUUAUCCACGACCUGCUGACGACGGUCAACAAGCCGGAGUGGCCCGCGUCCGAACUGCUGCUCAGCUUGCUCGGUACGAUGCUGGUGAAGAAGAUGAGCGACAAAGGAACGGAACAGUCGAUACGGGUGGUUUCGCUCGAAUAUCUAGGCAUCGUGGCCGCUCGGUUACGGAAAGACACGGUCGAGUCGCGCUGCAAGGUGCGAACGAUGGACUCACUCAUCAAGUACAUCAAAAUCGAGCAGGAGAAGGAGGGGGACGAGUACAUGAACCGGUCCAAGUUCCAGCUGGACGAGGAAGAGGAACGGACGGAGUUUCUGCAGAAGAUCCUGUUGGAUUUUUUAGCCGCGAACGCCCAGGAAGGAAACAUCGUGUGGAACCACGCGAGGCAGUUCUACAUUACCCAGUGGUAUCGGGACAUUAUCCAGCGGAAAAAGAGUAUCGCCGAAGGCGAGAAAGGUUACGCGUCCCGCAAAAAGCAAGCGAAAAAGAGGAAAAAGUACCUCAGCGAGUCCGAGUCGGACGGUGGCGGUGCCGGCGGCGACUCGGACAUCGAAGAAGUAAAAACCGGUGUCGAUCAGGAGCUCAACAGUGAAAUCUUCCGGCUGCUGGACAACCGGAAGACCACCUACCUGGCGCAAAUCUGCCCGUUUGGCGGACGGAACGCGGCGACCGGCGGUGAAAUCAAAACCUACAUCGACUACAGCAACGCGAACCUGAUUGCGCAGUACCUCGCCAGUAAGCGAUCGUUCUCGCAGAGCUUCGACAAAUACCUGCAGAAGAUUAUCCUGGUGGUGCGCGAACCGGUGGUGGCGAUCCGGACGCGCGCCAUGAAGUGUCUCGGCAACAUUGUCGAGGUGGACCAGAUGGUGCUGGCGCGGAAGGACAUGCAGAUGGGCGUGCACCAGAAGCUGCUCGAUACGGCCAUCUCGGUGCGGGAAGCGGCCGUGGACCUGGUGGGGAAGUACAUCCUGUCCGAUCCGGACCUGAUCGAUCAGUAUUACGAGAUGAUUUCGCAGCGGAUAUUGGACACGGGCGUUUCGGUGCGCAAGCGGGUCAUCAAGAUCCUGCGGGAUAUCUGCAUCGAGUACCCCGAGCAGGAGAAAAUCCCGGACAUUUGCGUCAAGAUGAUCCGGCGCGUCAACGACGAGGAGGGCAUCCAGAAGCUCGUGAUGGACGUGUUCAUGACGAUGUGGUUCACGCCGAGCAAUCCGAGCGAUAAGGGCGCCAUGGACCGGAAAAUCACUCAAAUCAUCGACGUCGUCUGCUCAUCCCAUGAGACUGGUACUCAAGGGUUUGACGCGCUGUUGAAGUCGAUAUUCGAGCCCAAGGAGGUCAAGGCGGACUCGACGGCGAAGAAGGAGAUCCCAAAAACGCUGAUCAAAGCGUGCCAGCAGAUCGUGGACGGCCUCGUGGACGCGACCAUGAAGCUCGAGAGCUCGGAGAACAAAAAGCUGGUGGGGUGCAUCACGGCGCUGCAUCUCUUCUCGAAGAUCCAGCCGCAGCUGCUGGUGAACCACGCGAUGACGCUGGAGCCGUACCUGAACAUCCGGUGCCAGAACGCCAUCAACUACAAGUUCAUUAGCAGCGUGGCGGAGAUUCUAGAGCAGGUCGUCCCGCUGAUGGACCACCCGAGCGAGAUCUUCCUGGCAGACCUGGAGUCGCACCUGAUGAUGUUGAUCGUCACCCAGAGCCAGGCGGUGGUGCUGAGUUGUGUGUCGUGUCUGUCCGGCGUUGUAAAUAGGAUAACCAAGAACUACGCACUAAUACGAGACUGUUUUUCAAAAUUUUACUAUAAGGGAUUAGUAUCGAGCAAGAAGCUUCUAUCCGAGUCGGCGAUACCAAUCGAGCAGCUGUACAGGCCCCAGUUCCGGCGGAGCAUCUACACCGUCGGAUUGAUCAUGCGGUACUUUGACUUUAAGCAGCCAGACGUGUACGGCGGAGCGGAGGAUGCGCAAGGUGCCCUGCCGGCCAACAUCUGCGACGACGUGUACAACACGCUGGCGUUCUUCCUGUCCUGCAGCCACAGCGAGAUCUGCAAGGAGACGCUGCUGUCGAUGGGCAACUUUUGCGUCAAGAACUACGAGUAUCUGACCAAGACGGAGCUGCGCGAGUACUACAACUACCUGCUGACGCAGGACACCGUCCUCACCGAGAUGAAGAUCAACGUGCUCAAGAACAUUCUGAUGUAUCUGACCGAGGAGGAGAACAAGAUGGUGCGGAACGACAAAGAAUGGGAGAAGCAGUCCAAGACGGAGGACCUGAAGGAGAUGGGCGACGUGUCGUCCGGCAUGGCCAGCAGGGUGAUCCAGAUCUACCUGAAGGAGAUACUGCGGAGUUUUCUGCACCGGGACACGGGCGUGCGGAUGUGGGCGAUGCGCGUGGUGGAGAUUGUGCUGCGACAGGGUCUGGUGCAUCCAGUACAAAUAGUUCCUUAUCUAAUAUGUUUAAGUACGGACCCGGAAAAGGAGGUCGCACAUAGUGCGGAUCGUCAUCUCCAGGAGAUCGACAAGCAUUAUCCCGGUUUUGUAAAUAUGAAAUCUCACGCCGGCAUGCAGUACUCGUUUGAGCUGCAAGUCUUGCUACAGAAGCGAGACGCCAGCAGUAUAGUUAGAGGUUACAGGAUUCGCGACCCCGCCGAGCCACCCACCGCGCUCAACGGCUUCCUGUACACGCUGCUGCGCAACACCAAGCCCCAGCGGCGCGCCCUCGUCCAGUCCAUCACGAAGCAGUUCGACGACGGCAAGAUCGCGCUCCAGCAGAUGCUAUACUUGGCGGACAACCUGGCCUACUUCCCGUACGCCGUGCAGGACGAACCGCUCUACAUUAUCCAUCAUAUUGAUGUGCUGAUUUCGGUGGCCGGUACCAACCUGCUGGCCACGUUCCGGGAAGGACUGAAGCCUCCGCCUGGCGCGGAGAACAAUCCCGAGCAGGCCCCCAACCCGCUGGAGGACGACGACGAUGACGACCAGGAUGCGAUACUGAACCGGUUGCCGGAGGACACGACCGAGCUGCAGACCUGCAUCACGUCGGCGCAGGGUUGCAUGCUCCUGUUAAUACUCAAGCAGCACCUGAAAGAGACGUACGGUAUCACGGACUGCAAAAUAUCCCGAUACUCACCGUCGGAAGCGGGCAAGAUCUACGACAAGGCGAUGCAGCGGCGGUCGAACUCGCUGUUCGAUCCGAAGGCAACGAUCACGCUGCUUCGCGAGAACCGAACAUCGGAGGGCGUCCAGACGCAGGAGGAACGGGUCGAGCUGGUGCAGCGAUACUUGGAUUUCAAACAACUAAUGCUGCGGCUCGAUCCGGACGAUCCCGACCUGCUGGACGAGGACGAUAAGCUACCGCCAAAGGGCGGCGGCGGCGCCGGUUCCGAACCAAACUCCACUACGACAACACCGGUCAAGCAACCUCCGGCGGCCGGUGGUGACACCAACAGCACAACUCCUGCCACUGGAAGUAGCAACAGCCACAGCAACAACGCGCCCGGAAGUACGACGCACCACCACGUGAACAACGUCAGUCGAACGCCACGGUCCACGGGCGGAGGACGGUCUAGCAGUACGGCAAACUCGGGCUCGUCGGCGCGAAAAUCGUCGUCCCAGGCGGGACGGGGAUCCGCCCGGAAAAAGCGCCGAAAAUUGUCCAGCUCCGAGGAGGAGGAAAGCGAUGCCAGUGAUAUGGAUUAUGACUAAGGGGAGAGCGAGAGAUGGAAUCAACCAGAAAUAAGGUAAGCAACAAACCAGAGGAAGUCUAAUAUAUUCACCAAAACUCAAACAAUUCUUUGCGCCACAAACUGAAUGCAAAACAAAACAAACAAACUUAAUUGUACAGAGAGACAAAAUAAAUAUCACUGUUUUCGAUCCUCUACAAAAAGUAAAAGGAACACAAAUUUAUGAAAUCAAUCAACCGAAAAGAAAACGUUGAACCAGAUACAAAACAAAAAAAAACAAAGCCACUGUGAAUGCACAUUUAUUAGUAUGGAAUCGGGUCCCGCUUCCCCUCUCUCCUCCCGUACCGUAGUGAGUUUCAAUCCCCCAAGGAGAGAAGGGGUUCGGAAGGUACCAAUCCAGGUGUUAAAACAUGUUUCAAAAACAAACCCCAACCUUUUCCACACUCACUUACUCUUAUAGCAUUUGUCCCCAAAGGAAUCGCCCCAAAAAAACCCAGCUGCUCGAAAGUAACUGCUUAAUCGUAGAUUUUAGACACACAACUUUUCCCCACUCACAAACACACAUACACAAAUGGGCAGUUCGCUAGAUUUUCGCAAAUUGGCUUUUCUGGAAAAAGCAUAUUUGCAAUAUUAUUUUUUCAAAAGGGUACAAAAAUAGUCGGAAAUCUGUUCCUUGAGUAGAUAAUUACGGUUUUAUCAUUUAAAAUUUGGGAAUUAUAAAAAAUAGAAUCUUGACUUUUUUUUGACUAAAAGUAGAUUUUUUUGUUUGUGGAUCUAAGUUCAUCGAUCUCACUAUAAAAACACUUUUUUCCAAAUUUGUCGAUUACGGUUGAAAUUUUAUGUUUCAAAUUAAAAGAUUGACAAAUUUUAAAUUGAAACUUCGCUCGAAAACUUUCGACACGCGCCUACAUUUUAACAGAGACAAACAAAUAACGAUUGAACCAUAGUGCAAUUUUGUGGUCACGAUUUUUAAUUUUUUUUUUGAUAUUUAGUUUUUUUGCAUUUUUUUUUAAUUUUAUAAUUUGAAUAUUACAGGUUCGUAUUUUUUUGUAUUUCAAUUUUUUGAAACUUCUCUUGUCAAGUUUUUUUUUUAAUUUGCGAGUUUAUGAAAUUGAAAUGGUUAUUGAUGUAGGGAAUGACAAUACAGAAUCGGCUACAAUUAAGAUUCCACCUUUUAUUUAACUAAACUGCUCUUGAUUAUAUUUUAAGUAUACAUCAGUGUUCUUUGUCAUCCUGAUCAUGUCUGCUCUCAAUCUUUCAAUAUUUAUGUGGGUUUUCAGCAUUUUUUUAAGUUUUCAGCUGUUUAAUGGAAUUUAUACAUUUUUGCUUUUAGCAUUAAGGAGGUAUUAGACUAUGGCAAACAAACAAAUUAGACUAUGCCAAACUCGCAAACUUGCAAAUAAAGCAAAAUAUAAUAUUAUGCAGGCAAACUGUCAAAAAGUGAAAGUUUGCUUGUCAUAGUCUAAUAUCUCCUUUAGCAUUUUACGAUAAUUUUUAGAUAAAGCUUGCAAAGAUGGCUUGAUUUUUUUGUGCUCUCGCGAAAUUUAAUGAAAUUUUGGAAGAAAAAUCCGAAUUCUAAAACCAGCUCUACAUUUGAACAGAUUGGAUCCCUUCUUUUAAAAAACAGAUUUUUGAAUACUUUACAAGUGACAAGUUUGUUAAUUAUCAGAGAAACUAAUGAUGCAAAAUGGCUUCUUUUGAUGAGUAAAGUUUCAUCCAAUUCAAAAUUUGCUAAAAUCUAGAGAAUCGUCCAUAUCAUAACAAUCACACCAGUCUUAGAUGUUAGGGCCCACCACAACAACCACCAUUGUUUCCUUCAACAAGUUCUCAAAAGCGAAAAGUGUUGAAAAAGAGUUUCAGCGGAUCGUGAAAAGGUAGUUACGUACUUGUGAAGAGAUUUUUUCGGAAAAACGGAGCAAACGAAGCAGUAAAAGAACGACAAUUUUUAAACUUUACACGAAAAAAGAAGCAAAACAAAAAUCACAGUUUGAAGAGAUUUUGGUGAUAGCGUUGGAACUUUUGCGAGUCAGCCUCAACCAAGCAAGAAAAGGGACUUAAAAUUAGUGAGUUUAGGCGUGUGUGGCAGUGGAGAGAAAGUUUUUGACCCGGUAUAAUCGAAAAACAAUAUUUAAUUACUGUGAAAAGAGAGAGGAACGUCAAAAUAAUCAACUGAAAUUGAGAAAAUAUUUAAUUUAUUGAACAAUGCAUUGAGAGAAGAACGGAAUGCGAGAGAUUCGGUGUAUUAAAUGGGGUGUGUAAAAUAAAUUCGCAAAGCAAAAACAUAAGCAUAAAACAAUGUAAAACCCGUUUUAAGUGUAAGCGUUAGUCCGUAAGUAAACCCCCCGUAACACCGUAGUGUGAUGCAUUCAGUUUAAAACAAACAAAAAAAAAGGUAAAAAUAAACGGAUACGGGAAUCACAUUUAAGAGAGAAGCCAGCUUCUAACCGGUCUCUGGAAGCAAGUUGGUCAAUAUUUAAGGUCGUAAAGUGUGUGGGCGUGUGCGAGUAGGGGUUUGGCGGAGCAGUCGUGUAAAUUUUUCCCCUGUAAAUAUAGAAUGUAUGUAUGUUCUUACGUUCCGCCAACAACGCGUCGCCGCGCGCACCCACACUCAGAAACACGCAAUUGAAAAGAAAGACUAGAAAUUGUGAAUGUUUGCGAGAGAGAGAAAAAAAUACAACGUUUCGAAAAAAUAAUGUGUGGAGCAAAAUGAAAACAAGAGAUAAAAAAAGGCAGAGACUUUAUUUAAAGAGUUUUUUAGAUAAAUUAUUUAUAUGAAAAAAGAGAAAUACAAAAACAAAAAAUACGCGAAGAAAAAUAAAGAAAACUGAAAUCCAGAUGAAUUUCUAAUUUAAUUUAGCGUGUAAGGCAGAAAACAAAACAACACAAAAUGAAGUAAUAACACACACACAGAGACACACAUGUUCGAAAUUGUAUUAUCGAAAGAUCUUUUUUUCAUUCUUUUGUUUUUUAAAUAUAUAAUUUAAACGAAAACUCAGCAAGUGAAGAGAAUAAAAAAUAAAACUUGUAGAUAAU